UCUCUCUGUCCGCAUAGUUCUCCCUUGCAUGAUCCAAGAUACGGAGAGCAAUGUCGCCUGUUCCUCCUGCAACGUCUAUACACCGAAGGGGACCUUUGCGACCUGGCUUGAGAGUAUCUACAAAAGAGUCUUUCCACAGCCUGUGCACACCGAGAGAGCUUGCAUCAUUCAUCAAGUCAUACUUGGACGCAACAGAGUCGAAAACACCCUUCACGAGUGAUUCCUUCGACUCCUCUGGAACUGUCCUGAAGCCAAACGAAGUCGUCCGGCCAGCAGGACCUGAUGAACGAAGGAUAUGAUGAUUAUGAAUCGAGCGGCAUGCUGACAGCUUGCGAGGUAGUCGUAUUGACCUUGUUGCCUGCAUAGCUCGAAUGAACUUUUGGAGCAGACAACGCGUCCACUAUAGGGAUGGGAAUAUUACUGUAAGCGUCAAUGUUUUGCUUGACUUGACUGACAGGCUGAACGUUGAACGUUGAACACUCCUGCGGACAACUCAAAUGCUAAAGCCACGGUUAUCUCUUUGGUUCACUCGUGGUUAUGCUACUCGCAUUGCAGAAAAGCCUCCAGCACGUUUUCCAGAUCCAUUACUGAAUGCUCCCAACGUUGCUGUCAAAACACUCAAGGACGAGAACUUGACAUUCAUUCAUCGACCUCCCCCAACAGUACCUUCACCUCAUUCAACAACUUUAGCUCCUGCUUCUCCGUUGCUCAAGUCUCCGACACCAUCUAAUAAACAUGCACCCAUGCCACCUUUCUUGCGGCCUUCGGCUUACAAUGCUGCCCCAUUACGAAUGUUUGCUAAACUGUUCAAAUGCACGCCAAACUUUGUGUCCAAGAUUGCCGCCCUCCCGAGGCCCAAACGGAAGGAGUUUGCAAGGAAGAUGGAGGCGGAGCAUGAGACUGUAAGGGAGCAGUGGGGAGAGAAGAAGGCUACCUUUGUUGCUAUUAAGCAGAAACGCCGCGAGUUCUGGUGAGGUACGGAGCACCAUGGCUACAUCUUCUUG